UAUACCUCUGCGUUUCUAUGUGUACCCGGUCUUCGCUUGGACUAUUUUCGCCACUGCUUCGAAAACACCUGCACUCGUUCUGCCGUUCAUUUUAUGAUAUUUGAAAACGAAGGGGGGAGUCCUCUAGUAGAGACAUAUGUCACUCUCAGCAGCAGCCCGAGGAUUGGAGAUAAAGUUUUAUCUUCGACUUUACAAGGCUGCCAAAACAUAGACCAGCAAAGCGUUUCGAUGCUCAAUCAGACCAGCUCAAAGAAGAGAGAUGUCCACGAUGUGUCUAUCAUUGGCCUGAAUAAAGCUCAGAGUACCAUAACCGACGGUGCUUUUAAUUCUAAUUCUGGCACUGUUUCCUCGCUAAAGAAAUUAAAAAGUAAGCGCCCGAAAAAAUCGAGUUUGACGGUCUCACUCAAUUCGGCGAAAAGUUUACUAGGCAAUACAUCAAUUAAGGAUAAAGAUCGAUCAGGUGAUCCAUUUUUUUCUACCAACCUCCCUUGCGAAGGAAAAUGCUCGCAUCUCCCGACCCUUGUCGAAAAAGAUGGAAAAGCUACACUGCCGCUUUCUAGUGUCGGCGCGACAGAAACGAGUACCGGACCACCUUCUUCAUCGCCACCAUGCUCUACUAGAGUGGUAGCCCGCAAAGCUUCGGUCGCUAAUUAUCUUACUGCUUACAGGGUUAUGCGAAAUAUCAAUCGGGCGUUCCUCAAAUUUAACGAAAAAAUACGCUCUUUACGUCAACCUCAUUUUCCUAUAAACAAUAGUCUAGAGCAGGAACAGGGAGCGCGUCUGAGUGCGAGCAGUGACAUCCGUAUAUCCAAAAAGGCCGUCCAACAGCAUUCGAAGUCGAAAUGUUUGGAAGAUGCACAUAACGACGAGUUUGUUGAUUUUGAUUCUUUUUACCUAAUUGCGAUGUUGCCUCCUUUAGAUACACUUCCGCCCCCGCCAAAUGCACCUUGCUUACCUAUUAAAUCUCAUAAUGCACCCCCGAUCACACUCGUGUUAGAUCUUGACGAAACCCUUGUUCAUUGCAGCUCGAAGAAGGUCGAUAAUCCCGGUAUGGUUAUUUCCUUUGAUUUCAAAGAGAAGCAGCACGAGAUAUAUGUCAAAAAGCGCCCAGGCUUCGACGAGUUUUUGGAGCAUGUCAGCCAAUUAUUUGAGACCGUCAUAUUCACAGCCUCUGAUAGGGUGUAUGCCGACAAGCUUCUAAGCAUUUUAGAUCCAGAAAGAAAGUGGAUCCACCAUAGAAUCUUUCGCGAAAGUUGUACCUAUGUUUUGGGAAAUUAUCUUAAAAACUUGCACGUUCUGGGUCGCGAAUUGUCUAAAGUUGUCAUUAUCGACAAUUCACCGUUCUCUUUUGCCUAUCAGUUGGACAAUGGGAUUCCAAUCAACAGCUGGACUGACGACCACCGAGAUAGAGAACUUCUCCACUUACUGCCAUUUUUAGAGUCUGCAGCAGCGUGCUCCGACGUGAGGCCACUUUUGCACUCCAAAUUUCACCUUCAAGACCGCCUAGAAGAGUUCAAAAAGAGCUAUUUCCUGUAGAGCCCGCUCGAAAAAUGCGCUACUUGCCUGAACAGUGCGCAUGCUUGGUACUUCUAUCGAAGAAACUGACAAGUAAAGCAGCGCGGCGAAGGUUCAACUCUAGUUUCAGCCGCCGACAGCCGGUCGUAUACUACUUUCUCUAUCGAGGCCGAUCAAAAAUUUUGGUGCUCAAGGCAAAAAAAACUGCUCAUUAUUUGGGACUCGCCUAAACAGUUGAUAGGCUCUAUAAGCUCGAAGAGCCAUUAGACUCGAAAAGUGCACCAAAUAUGCUAUAUGAACACAAACUAAAUUUUGGCUGCAUUUUUAUGAAAGCUACCUGUCAAGCUGCUAAGUCCCCCCCUCUCUAAUGCAGAGUAUUAUUGUGGUGCAUUUUUGUUUUCUAGAAAAAAUUUCAAAAGUUCCGAAUGCAGGGUUGAUUGUCGUACUCGAGAAGUGGCCCUCCUGAGGCUGACACGCCUCUCAUCAUCGGAGAACGGCAACCGCGACUGGAUUUUUCUUCUUCGAGAGGCUGCGUGAGCGCUAUUCACGACCUCGCACGAGGAUCGCUUUCUUGAACAGCCUCCCUUUUCUCGUUCACGGGUCUCUAGUUCGCGCGCCGCGACAAAUUGUGCCAAAGGCGUUUUGGGCUUCCGAAGUGUUAAAGAAGCCUGACUAUACAAAAAGAUUUACAUGAACAUGUGUGUGUCGGAAGGCAUGCGCACACACAGCCAAUUCGUCUGUUGA